AUGGAAUUUCCAACUAUAAGCGAUCUUAUAUUGCAAGAACUACAAAAACUUCUUUUAGAAGUAAUGUUUGAACCAACCCGACCAUAUACCUCCAAUAUGACCGUAGAUGAGAAAGUUAAAAGAACUUACCGUUCACUCUUGAAAGCUCGACGAGUGAAAAUUCGCAUCUUAACUUUACUUAAUGCCUUUUUCUUAGAACAACUUAUUAAUGACGAUAUUACACCUGCUCAACGAACUUUGCAAUGUCAAACAAUGACCAGUCAUUAUCAUCGAAGUGCUACUCGAGUAUAUCAUUUAUUUGAAACUUUCGGUACUCAACAAAUCAUGGUAACUCAAAUUUUGACAUUAACGAUGGUUAAAACACUCAAGUCCUCUGAAUUUCAAGACCUCCUUUGUAAGGCAAUGGAAAUUUCUGUUG